AUGCCAACAAAACUUAUUGAUUCUUUUUGCCUCAAAUGGUGGCUCUGGAAACAGCUGAACCCUUACAAAGAUUUCAAUGGACGUUCCCAGUACGGUUUCGCUGCUCCCCAUGGUACCCUACGAGAUGGUUUACGUUGUAGUGCUAAUAAGGCCUACAUUAGACCCAUAUGGAAAAGACCCAAUUUAGAUGUAUUACUAAAGGCUUUUGUGGAAAAAGUAAUCAUAGAUCCGCAUAGCAAACAGGCUAAGGGCAUAAUAUUCAAUUGGUUGGGUGCUAGAUACGAGGUAAAAGCUACACGUGAAGUUAUUUUAUCUAGUGGAGCCAUAGCUAGUCCUCAACUUUUAAUGGUGUCGGGAGUGGGACCACGCCAACAACUACAAAAACAUGAUAUUGAUGUUAUACAUGACCUGCCCGGAGUGGGUGGUAAUCUACAAGAUCAUAUCUCGGCCACGGGUAGUUUAUAUACCAUAGAUAAUGCGGUAACGGGAGAUCAUUUAUCAUUUAUUGUGCCUGAAAUGUUAAAUGCCAAAUCGGUGGAUUCAUUUAUUCAUCAUGCCGAUGGUUUCUUUUAUGCUAUGCCCGUAUCAGAGGUUAUGGGAUUUUGGAAUAGUAAAUAUCAAGAUCCCAGUAAGGAUUGGCCAGAUGUACAAUUUUUCUUGGGCAGCUAUGGUUAUGGUACUGAUGGUGGUCUUAUAGGCAGAAGGGGGGCGGCCAUGACCAUGAUCAACUAUGCCCAAUCAUUUGAACCGAUUAUAUAUAAAGAUAGUUUUAUAAUUACACCAUUAUUGAUGAGACCAAAAAGUCGUGGUUGGCUGGAAAUUACCUCAAAACAUAAUAGUGAAUAUCCGAAAAUAUUUCCAAAUUAUUAUGAUCAACCAAUAGAUAUGGCGAUUAUGGUGGAGGCCUUAAAGUUUGGUCAUCAGUUCAGUCAGGCUCCUAUCUUGAGACGUUUAAAUGCUACUCUUAAUAUUUAUGUUUGGCGUAAUUGUCCUCAUGUGGAGUAUUUAAGUGAUGCUUUCUGGGAGUGUUUGGCUCGUUUCUAUUCACAGACAAUUUUCCAUCCAGUAGGCACCUGUAAAAUGGGAACCUACCAUGAUCCUGAUGCUGUGGUGGAUCCACGCCUAAGAGUUUAUGGCAUUAAAGGUUUGAGGGUAAUAGAUGCCAGUAUUAUGCCCACCAUUACAACGGGUAAUACAAAUGCACCCACUUUAAUGAUUGCCGAGAAAGCGGCCGAUUUGAUAAAAGAGGAUUAUUUUCAUUAUAGACAUUGAAGAGGUACUGUUUCUCUUUAAGAGUUUAUAAUAGUUUUAGAACAUAUUUGUAUUUAAGAGUUAAAAUUUAAUAAAGAGUUAAAAUUAAAAAGCGA